GCCCGGGUUUAGGCGAACAGGAAGUGAUAGCGAGGAAAGCUGAAACAACAAACAAAAACAAAAAAAGAGUGGAGCAGAGUGAAGCAACAUCGUCACAGAAUCUAAUCGCGAGAUCGGUUCGAGCACUCCGGAUCUAGGUUUUUGGCGGGGUUAGGGUUUCGAGAUCUUUUGUCUCUGCAUGUUUUUGUAGAGAGAGAUUAUGGCGACUCACGUCACUGCUGUUCAGGUUGGUUCUUACUUUGUUGGGCAGUAUUAUCAAGUUCUUCAACAGCAACCGGAUUUUGUUCACCAGUUCUACACGGAUUUAAGUACAAUGCUUCGUGUUGAUGGGAGCAGGACAGAGUCUGCAACCGCAAUGCUGCAAAUCCAUUCGCUUAUCAUGUCGCUGAAUUUUACCGGAAUUGAGAUUAAGACAGCACAUUCUCUGGAUUCUUGGAAUGGAGGUGUUAUUGUGAUGGUCUCAGGUUCUGUGCAAACUAAGGAUUUCAAUGGCAAGAGGAAAUUUAUGCAGACAUUUUUCCUUGCUCCUCAGGAGAAAGGAUACUUUGUUCUCAAUGAUAUCUUUCACUUCCUUGAUGAGGAACCCAUUCACCAGCAACCGGCACCUAUAUUAGCACAAAAUGCUUUUGACUCCACAGUGAACGUGCCUAGUUCUCAUCCUGAGCCAGUUGCUUCAGAUUACAUUCUGGGCGGAGAUAUUCAGGCCACAGAAUUUGUGACUCCAGUGCAUGUGGAAGAAAAUGAACCCGUAGAUAAUUACAAUCUCCAAGAGGAACAGCAGCAGCAAGUCUUAGAGGUGGAAAAUCGAGUGGAUGAAACUCAGGUGGAAGAGCCUACUGCUUCUUUUCAAAGUGCAAUAAACUCUGUGCGAGACCCUCCUACUGCCCCAAUUGAGGAACCUGUUGGAGAACCCCCUAAGCAAACUUAUGCUUCUAUUCUACGAAUUGCUAGAGGUCAAUCUGCAUCAUCUGUAGCUCCUCAACCAUCUUUGAACAAGAGCACACCAACUACUUCAGAGUGGCUUCAAACACCGCAACCUACUUUUCAGCAGUCAAAUACUGCUUCAUCUAUUGUGCCCGAAAGAUCUGGUGCAGAAGCAGCAGAGGAAGUUACAACACCAGAAGAAGAAGGUGAAUUAAGAUCAGUCUAUGUGAGAAACUUGCCCCCUACUGUUUCUGUUUCUGAUAUUGAGCAGGAGUUUAAGAACUUUGGCAGAAUCAAACCCGAUGGUGUGGCCAUCAGGCACCGGAAGGAUGUUGGCAUUUGCUAUGCUUUUGUUGAAUUUGAAGAUAUUGCUGGUGUUCAAAAUGCAAUUCAGGCAUCUCCAAUACAAUUGUGUGGGCGGCAAGUACACAUUGAGGAACGGAGAGCUAGCAGCUCUGGUCUAUCUCGAGGAGGAAGAAGGGGUCGAGGAAGAGGUGGCUACCAGACAGAUGCACCUAGGGGGCGUUUUGGUGGUGGCAGUCGGGGAUUUGGCCGGGGAAGUGGCUUGGACAGUAGUGAAAGGGACUACAACAGCAGACCAAGGGGUAAUGGAUUCCAUCAGCGAGGUCCACGACAAGACAGAGGCAUCUUGGGAAAUCAAGUAUCAAGGAAUGGGCAGAACCCAUCAGAGGCUACAUUUUAGGUUUCCAACAAAGGAAAAGAUAGAAAGGCUUUUGGGUUAGUUGUCUACAAGAACAUUUUCUUCUUCAUGGGGUGUUGGAGGAAGCACCACUGUUUUUUUGGGUGUGGGCAUCUUUAAAUUUUUUCUUUAUGAAGUUCUUUUCAUCAUAUUAUUGCUCACUUCUAAUUCAAGAGGGAAGGUUUUGGCAACAUUGAGUUUUGUCCUUGCAUAUGUUCCUUAGUUUGGAUCCUUUUCUCUCAUAUCUGGUCAAUGAGGUUUUCUGUAUUUUUUUGGGCUGUUAGCACUUUUUAAGAAGUAAUUCCAGUUUAAUUCGGCUGAUUCUCAGAUAAA